AACUAAUUUUCUUCCGACAAGCAUUUUAACAGGGACUCACGCGAAUUUUCAUCCAGCUUUCUGUGUUGAGAAAAUUUAUUUGGAAGAAAUAUAGAAAAUUCUGUAACAUAAUUAUUUUGCGUUGUUUUGGAGAAAAAUAUUCUUUUCAAUAGAAUCAGUGGGCUAGACCGGCUUGCCGUGCUGAGGGUAAAUUUUCUAACGACACACCGUACGAACGAAUUGGUGUGUGUAUAACAAAGUUGAGCCAUCGUUAUUUUGCCGAGCAAAUCCGCUUGUUUUCAAGAAGUGAUAUUUGAAAAAAAGUUGUCAUGGCGAACAAUUACGCCGGCUUUAGUUACGGAGGUACACAGUACACAUCCACUGGUGCACCAGGUACGUACAGUUCCAACUCUGUAUCUUAUCCGGCUGUAACUAAUGCGACAUUCGCUAAUGCCGCUGCUUAUCAAUCUGCUGUAGCUGCUGGAAGCGGAAGUUAUGCAGCUGGAGGUGGUGCCGCUGCAGCCGGUUAUGCGGGAUAUGGCAACGACUAUGCUUCUCUGCAAGCCUAUGAUUCGUCAAAAACAUUUUACCAGCAAGCAGCCUCCAGCUACAACACCGCUCCAUCAUCUACAGUUGGUAAGACUCAUUAUUCGGCACCACCAGUAAAAAAUGUCACCCCAAUUGGAACGAAACCUUCGUCCGGAAAAGAUAAGGGCGGACCGGGUGGACAAGGAAAGAUGGGAGGUCCAACAGUUACAACAGCAUCAGGUUCCUACACUAACUAUGAUGCUGCCCUCUAUAGUGCUGCUUCGAUGUAUGUGGCUCAACAACACCAGCCCUCUCAACAUGGAGCGGGAGGGGGAAAUCCUGGCAAAUCAAAUGGUGUGAUGGGCGCAGGUGGUAACUGGCCACCAUAUCGUAAAGGUGGUCCUGGAGGCCCUGGAAAUAAAACUUCGCGACCAAAACAACCUCCUCGUCCCCAACAAUUACAUUAUUGCGAGGUUUGUAAGAUAUCAUGUGCUGGACCACAGACCUAUCGUGAACAUUUGGAGGGUCAAAAGCAUAAGAAACGUGAAGCUUCAUUGAAAAUGCAGGCCAGUGCUCAAACUACAACUCAGAACAGGGGUAACAACUACCAUUGUGAACUAUGCGAUGUUACAUGUACAGGAACCGAUGCUUAUGCUGCCCAUGUUCGGGGCGCCAAACAUCAGAAAGUUGUCAAGUUGCACCAGAAGCUAGGCAAACCUAUACCAGCCGAUGAGCCCAAGAAAAUGGGCAAAAUUAAUUUUGUCCCUGCCAGUGGUAGCAAUAGUACCGCCGAUGGCGCCGCAAGCACCAAAGAAGGAGAAUCUGCCGAAAACCAGAAUGAAUCUAAAAAUGAAGAAAACCAAGACGAUUCAACUGAAAACUUGGAUAAUAUUAAACCGGUCGGUGGGGAAUACAUUGAAGAGGUCAAUGAUGAAGAAGGAAAAAUCCUGAGUUUCAAUUGCAAACUUUGCGACUGUAAAUUCAAUGAUCCAAAUGCCAAGGAAAUGCAUACAAAAGGACGUCGCCAUCGUCUUCAGUAUAAACGAAAAGUACAACCAGACUUGGUGGUCGACUUUAAGCCUACCCCGAGACAACGCCGUCUCGCUGAAGCUAGAGCGCAGCGUGCGUUAAUGAGUUCUCAUCGUGGUCAAAAUGCCAAUUUUGGAGAGAAGCCUGGUUAUUGGGGAGACGAACAACGCAGGCGGGCACAAUUUGAUGACGAAUACGACUAUAAUAACUGGUUGGCUCGCAGUUUUGGAGGUAAUCAGCGUGGUUUUGGAGGUCGCAUGGGCAAUGGACCGCCGCCAUUCUUUGGUAUGAUUCCCGGUGGAGCUGGUAUUCGUCGGCCAGAGAGCAAUGACGAUCGCCAUGCUAUUGCUCGUCAUGCUCAAAUUUAUCCAAAAGAGGAGGAGUUGCAAUUAAUACAGCGCAUUGUGUCACAUACAGAGCGGGCACUGAAAUUUGUUUCAGAUACAUUAGCUGAGAAUCCGAACGACAACGGCCCAUCGACUGCCAAAAAAGAAAAAGCGGAUGGUAAUACUGUAAAGGAUGGGCGUGAUAACCAAAUGCUCUCUUUCCAGAAGGAGGCCGACACUGGUAACUUACGAAUUCUUAAAGGAGUUAUGCGCGUCGGCUUCUUGGCCAAAGGACUGCUAUUGCAGGGCGACAAUGCCGUCGAGCUUGUUGUUUUGUGCUCCGAAAAACCAACCGUGGGUCUACUUAAGCGUGUCGCCUCUGAACUACCACAAAAACUCAAAGAAGUUGCAGGCGAAAAUCCUGUUGAUUAUAAAGUUGACGUUGUUACUGAAGAAUCCGCUGUGUUAGUGCAAGACGAAGCUGUUUCUGUAAAAAUAUCCCUAACAUCACCGUUGUUGCGCGAAUCUACUGGUAGCUCCAAAUCUACAGACAAUGAUGGUGACGCCAGUGGUGAUGCCGCUUUGUUGCCCCGAGAACCUUGUCUUAGGGCUUUGGCUGAACUGCGCCAUGCUAAAUGGUUCCAGGCCCGUGCUACUGGUUUACAGUCAUGUGUUAUGGUUAUUCGCAUAUUACGUGAUCUCUGCCAACGUGUGCAAUCCUGGCAAGCAUUGCCACAAUGGUCCAUGGAGUUGUUUGUAGAGAAAGUAAUCUCUUCCGCCGGUUUUCCUAUUUCACCGGGUGAUUGUUUGCGCCGCAUUAUGGAGGCCUUGGCGUCAGGUUUCCUUAUAAAUGGUCCAGGCCUGUUAGAUCCUUGUGAAAAGGAGCCACAAGAUGCCCUAGAGGAUUUGUCUAAGCAGCAGCGUGAAGAUCUGACAGUAUCGGCCCAGCUGUUCCUACGUUAUAUGGCUUUCCGACAAAUUUACAAAGUUCUUGGAAUGGAUCAACUUCCUGCUCCAAAAUUUCCAUCGCGUCCGUGGCGUUUAAACCGAAAGCGUCGUCGCUCACAGGGCAAAGACAAUACCGAUGGAGACGGCAAUAACGCCGAGACGGAAGAAUGUGCUUCGGAUGAAAAGAUUCCAAAAAAGGAUGCUAACGACACAUCUGCUUAAUAAUUUAGCCUCUGUGUGGCACACACGAAAAGUUAAUGCAGCAAUUAAUGUUUACUAUCUUAUUAUCGUAUUACUAUGCGUUAUUAAUACCAUAGACUUUUAAUCAAAACCUAAACAGAUAACUUUAUUCGACGUAUUUAUAGUGGUAGAAUAAAUUCCUGCAAUACGCUGUACACUUUUCCCUAACUAUGAAACAAACGUUACAUACACUCAAUAAUGUUUCACUUGAAAUCCAUCAUUAGCAACAACAACAAACAAACUUAAUAAUGAAAAAAUUUGAAUAAGAAUGAAAAAAAGCAAACUGAAUAUCAAUGUCUACAUAAAAAUGUAAGGAAAGUAAAUUCACAUAUACGAUAUACGUAGUACGUGGAAUAACAGGCAGAAGUAUAUACAAGAUAUUGAAUUUUCGAUGUAAUCCAUCACAUGCCGUACUCGUUUUUAAAUGGUAACGUUUAAUACAUUUUUUCAAAAUAAUUUUGAAAUACAUAAUGAAAAUUCUCAAACAUAUUUCCAAAUAUUAAUAUAUUUAGUGCUAAAAAUA